GAUGGAGCAGCACACACGCCCCCGCGGCCAGGUUGGAAGAACUUCCCCUUCAGCACCUUGGACAGAGGCAGCGUUGGCCGCCGGAGAUUUUUACUGGAAGUGGAAAAGCGCAGGCUCACAGUCGGGUCAGCUGACGCCACUCAUUCUCAGACACUUUCCACUGCCAAUCCAGCCAUCAGACGGGGUGUAGCAACAGAGCACCAACGAGUUACUUCAUGAAUAUUAAAAAAUCUCACUCUUGGUGGCUGACGAAAGGGAAAAAAAAGACCAACUAUUUUUAUGUUCUUCUUUUUCUUUUUUUUAAACAUUAAUUUUAUUCUACCAACGAGUGAACAAACUUUAACUCAAUAUCAAGAGGAUACGCCGCAAAGAAAGUGUGGUUUUAGAUCCACUUCGUAGAUUUUCUAAAGUUUUUUUUAAUUUUUUUUUUAUUAAUAUUUAAAAUCACAGAUUCGCCCCUUUUCUUCAGUUCUUCAAAAAUGCUGCUUGAACACCCAGGGUCAAGCUGUCAAAACACCGGAAAUUUCUCCCGAUACAGUUCGGGCCAAGAAAUCCCUGUGUGCUCAGGCUGCAAUCAGCACAUCGUCGACCGCUUUAUCCUCAAAGUGCUGGACCGCCACUGGCACAGCAAGUGCCUUAAAUGCAGCGACUGCCAGGCGCAGCUGGCGGACAAGUGCUUCAGCAGGGGCGACAACGUAUACUGCAAAGACGAUUUCUUUAAGAGAUUCGGCACCAAAUGCGCGGCCUGCCAGCAGGGGAUCCCGCCUACCCAGGUGGUGAGAAGAGCGCAAGACUUCGUCUACCACCUCCACUGUUUUGCCUGCAUCGUGUGCAAAAGGCAGCUGGCUACAGGUGACGAGUACUAUCUGAUGGAAGAUAGUAGGCUGGUCUGCAAGGCCGAUUAUGAGACCGCAAAGCAGAGAGAAGCAGACUCCACUGCAAAAAGGCCCCGGACCACCAUCACUGCCAAACAACUGGAGACGCUGAAGAACGCCUACAACAACUCUCCGAAACCAGCCCGCCACGUCCGAGAGCAGCUGUCGUCAGAGACAGGUCUGGACAUGCGGGUCGUGCAGGUUUGGUUUCAGAACAGACGAGCGAAAGAAAAACGGCUGAAGAAAGACGCCGGACGGCAAAGGUGGGGCCAGUACUUCCGCAACAUGAAGAGGUCACGAGGAAGCUCCAAGUCUGACAAAGAUAGCAUCCUGGAGGAGGGGAUGGACAGCGAUGCGGAGGUGUCCUUCACAGAUGAACCUCCCAUGUCAGAGCUUGGCCACACCAACAGCAUUUACAGCAGCCUGAGUGAGUCCUCUCCAGCCAUGGGGGGACGCCAAGCUGGUAACAACCACAGCUCCUUCCCCCUGGACCCCAGUACACUUCCCUCCCAGGACCAGUUCCACGACAUCCGUUCCAGCAGCCCCUACGGUCUCCCCCAGUCACCAGGGUCCCUGCAUGCCCUGCCAAGACACCAGCCUCUAAUCACCAGCCUCAUUUAUCCCGAUUCAGGCCUGUCCAUCAUGACUCAAAGCGGCGGACCCAGCAUCAACCCCUCUGUGAGAGUUUCCAUGGGGGCAGCCAACGGCCCCAGCUCGGACCUCUCCACUGGCAGCAGCGGUGGGUACCCGGAUUUUCCUGCAAGUCCUGCAUCUUGGUUAGACGAAGUGGACCACGGGCAGUUUUGAUUUUGUCAGGGAGAAACUUGACUCUAUUUUCUGUUGGCUUUCUUUUUGUGUGUUCUGUUGGAAUGAAGUACUGCAGGAUACACACAAAAGCCAGUGUUUGUGUAAAGUAGCAGAACACUGUGGUUGGAUCUUAGUAACAUUUGCCAGAAAGGAGAAAAUAAAAAGUUGUCCUUCAUUUAAAGCAUUGGGUUUUAGCUUCCUCAGAUUGUUUGGAAAUCUCUAAUUUGUCACAAAAGCUAUCCUUUUCAGAUGCCACUCUGUGCUCUUUUAAAGCAAAAUCAAUCUGGAUAAACCAGGUUUGAGUAUUAAACAUGUGUUUGUUGUUUGUUUUUUGCUCAAAUCUCAUCCCACUUCUCUUAAUUAUUUCAGCAUGUUCAGAUGAAAGAUCCAGUUCAAUGUGUAGCAUCUUUAAAUGUCUGGUUGUUGCCAAAUCUCUAUAUAUAAAUAAAUAAAUACAUAAAUACAUAAAUAAAUAAAUAAGUAUAUA